AUGGACGGAGGUGAAACAUCGAUCUCUUAUCAAAACGACAGUCAAACAACGGCGGCGACGAUGGGGACAAUCGAUCCUCAACGCUCAUUUUACACAGUACCUGGAAUACUUCAUUUUUUACAGCAUGAAUGGACAAGAUUCGAAAUUGAAAGGCAACAAUGGGAAACGGAACGAGCAGAAUUACAAGCUCGAAUCGCAUUUCUUCAAGGCGAAAGACAAGGCCAAGAAAACUUAAAAAGUGCGCUCGUUAGACGAAUUAAAAUGCUUGAAUAUGCAUUAAAACAAGAGAGAUUGAAAUUUAACAAGCUAAAAUAUGGAAGUGAAAGUGUUCCAUUAGAAGACCAGAAACCAUCAUCAAAUGACGGACAAAUGGACGAUGAUGAAAACAAAGAAGAGUCGAAUUUAACAUUCGGUGGAAGUAGUGUUUCAUUCAAACAAGGCCGACAGUUACUUCGACAAUAUUUAAAAGAAAUCGGUUAUGUCGAUACGAUCAUUGAUAUCCGUUCAACGGCCGUUAAGAAACUACUAGGAAUCAAAAGUGAUACGAAUUUGAAUGGAAAUAAUGCAAUUAAUUCGCCGACACAAAAUGUCAACGGAGAUGUUAAAGCAACGAAUGAAUCCAAAAGAAUCAUUCCUAAUAUAAUCAAGAAUGCUUCAAACGAAUUCGAUAAAUCUCUCGCAUCAUUAGAUUUUCUCAAAGAAGAUCCUGCUGAUGAAGAAUCAGCUGAUGACCCGUUGGAUACGAAUCGUAUCCUACUGAAAUCUAACCAUGGUAAUCCAUCUAAUGCUAACCAUCUUAAUUCUGCGCUUGAACAACUCAAUGAUCUUGACAGCGAAGAAGCUGCUUUGCAUGAAUUUGACUUUCUUACCGGAGACGCUGCUACUGCCACGACUGGCUUAAGCAUCAAUGAGCUUAACUCAACUGGCACCGAUGAAUGGAAUGUGGAUCCAUCACGGAUCAAUCGUCUGAAAGAAGAAUACAAACGUGAUCGUCAAGUUAAACAGGCCUAUCAAUCAACUACGAUAACGAACGCCACAUCUGCAUCAAUUCGUAAAAGUCUUUUGAAUAAUGGAAGUGCUGAUAUUCCUUCGGACCAACGAUCAUUUCCCGAAGAAGAACAGAUUGACUCAAUGCUGUUUCGAAAUAGUAAAAACUUCAUGGGAGAAAACGCUAUGGAAGGUCUCGAUGAACUAGCACGUGUCACUGUGUCUAAUGAUAAUGAACCUCAAGAUGAUACAACGACCAGCGAUUCAGCGGAUUCUCGAAAGACUUGGAAUGUUAAAUAUGCUUUACGAAGCCAUUUGGAUGGAGUACGUUGUGUAGGGUUUCAUCCAGUUGAAUCCAUUGUUAUAACUGGAUCCGAGGAUCGGACAUUGAAACUAUGGAAUCUGGAGAAGUCUGCUAUGAUGAGAAAAUCGACAACAACAGCAACGCAAGAUCUUGAACCAGUUUAUACAUUUCGGCGGCAUACUGGUCCUGUUCUGUGUUUGGCAAUGAACCCAUCAGGUGAACAAUUCUACAGUGGUGGUCUGGAUUCGAUUAUUUCCGUUUGGAAUCUUCCCAAUCCCGAAAUAGAUUCCUAUGAUGCAUAUGAUUCAACUGUGUUAAACAAAGUGUUGGAUGGACAUACGGAUGCUGUUUGGCAGUUAGUGAUAUCCGGUCAAAAACUAUUGUCAUGUUCAGCUGAUAGAACCGUACGUUUAUGGGAUCCAAGUCUAUCUCAACCGUUACAAUCGACGUACUCUAGUGAAGGCAUUCCGAUAUCAAUUGAUUGGUUAAUGCAAGAUACAAACCAAUUUGUCGUUACUUAUGAUACAUUCAAAACUUGCAUCUACGAUACUGAAACUGGUAAAAUGUUGAGAGAACUGGUCAAUGACGAGAGUUCAUCUAAAGAUGCUAAUUAUCGUAUUAAUCGAUUAAUUAGUCAUCCGUCGCAGCCAAUGAUUAUCACGGCCCAUGACGACCGUAGCAUUCGAUAUUUUGAUAGUAAUUCUGGCCGUAUGAUCCAUUCAAUGGUCGCUCAUCUCGAUAGUGUAACUUGUCUAGUGAUCGAUCCUCAACAAACUUGUCUUCUUUCUGGCAGCCACGAUCGUUCAAUUCGUUUAUGGGAUUUCGAAAACAAAAACUGUAUUCAAGAAAUAACAGCACAUCAAAAGAAAAAUGAUGAAUCUAUACAUGAUAUUGCAUUUCAUUCCUCGAAACCAUAUAUGGCUAGUGUAGGAGCUGAUUCAAUCGCCAAAAUCUAUGCUUGA